AAUACUUCAACUAGGAUAUUAUACAGGUAUACAUUUGUACAGCGGCUUUCUGUCGUCUUAAACCUAAAUCCGAGAAACAAAAUUAAAGACUGUUGCGCUUGUCGCACUGCAUCUGAAGCCGUUUGUGUCUCGUGUUUGCUAAUAUGAAAAUGCUCUUGCUUUAUUGACCCACACUGCUUCGCUCGCUCCAGUAGCUUGUCGCGGACCGCAGUGGUCUGAAUGACCGUGCCUCCGGUAGCAGCAGAAAUGCAGUCACCAACUCAGCCAGCUGCCUCAGCCUCCAAUGGUGGAGCGGCUGUGGCAGCGCCGGGUGUUGUGCCCUGCGACCAUGUCCUGACGCUCGUGGCGGGCUGUGUGGUGAACCAGCGCGCGUUCGCCAACACGUGCGGCGUGCCGCUGGGCGCGCACAUGGACUUCGUGCCCAGCGCGGCGCUGCGGUUGCCGCAGAUCACCGGCCGCACACCGCCACGCUGCAACGGCUGCUCCGGCUUCAUGAACGUGUACUGCAAGACCAACCUGACCAAGUGGGUAUGGAAGUGCAACCUGUGUGGAGCCGUCAAUGUCCAUAAGGAUCAGCUGGGCCACUCGGCGGACGUGGCGAGCUAUGCUGAGCUGUGCGGUGAGGCGGUGGAGUACGUGCAGCCGCUGCGGAACGGCGCGGCGGGCCCGGCGCACACGCCUCAGGCGGUGCCGCCGCACGUGGUGUUUGCGGUGGACACCACCCUGGAGCCCAGUGACCUGCGGGCUGUGAAGGAGGCGGUGCUGGCGUCCGCCGCGUCGCUGCCACCCGCCACGCUCAUCUCGCUCAUCACCUUUGACGGCGCCGUGGCCCUGCACAACCUGGGUCCGGAGCACCGCGCCAGCUACACACUGCCCGCCGCCUUCGCCGCGCAGCCCGUGCCCGGCGCCGGCGGCGUGGCGGCGGCGCCCUCGGGCGGCGGCGUGGUGCCGGGCGCGGAGCACUCGACGGACCAGCAGGCGGUGAUACAGCAGCUGCUGGACAAGUUCUGCUCCCGCACGGCCGGGUCUGGUGUGGGCCCCGGCGGCAGCGGGCUGCUUGUGGCGCCGGCGGGCGAGGUGGCUGCGCUGCUGCCCAAGGUGCUGGCCACACUGCGCACCGUGCAGGGGGACGUGCCGGUUCGCGUGCGAGCAAGGUGCCUGUGUGCGGCGGUGGAGGCCUCGCUGCGGCUGGUGGCGGCCGCGGCCCACCUGGACCUGGACCUGGGCCGCCACCACCACCUGGCCGCCAGCCGGGUGGUGCUCAUGGCCGCGGGCCCAGCCACACGGGGGCCGGGAGCCGUGCCGCUGAACCUGCUGGACCAGGCUGUGGGCGAGAAGGGCCGGUCGCCCGACAACAAGGCGGUGGCUGCGGCGCUGGACCUGGGUGUGGCGUUGGGCGCCAUGGCCGCAAAGAUAGGCGUGGCGGUGGACAUAUUCACCAGCACCUGCAUCGGCAUCAACGCGCCGCUGCUGACCGCCAUUGCCCACACCAGCGGCGGCGAGCUGAUGCCGCAGGUGCUGCCGCCGCACCACCUGCCCACCCAGCACGCCGCGCACAACCCCAGCCAUGGCGGCGCCAGCCACUCGCACAGCUCCCACGGCGGCCACGGGCACGGGCAUGGGCAUAGCCACCCCACCGGCGUGUCGGCGGCACCUGUGGGCGCCACGGCCGGCGGCUUCGUGCCGGGGCUGCUGUCCCGGCAGCUGCGGGCGGCGCUGGGCCGGCGCUGGGGCGUUGAGGGGCGGCUGGACUGCUACUGCUCUGAGGGGCUGAAGCUGACGCAGUGGAUGGGGCCGCUGGACCCGAUCCGGUCUGACCUGGAAGACAUGGCCGGCACGCCAGCCGUGGCGGUGCCCACCGCGGGUGGGGCUGCGGAGCAGCUGCCGCGGCCCGGCACGGCGCGCGACCCGGGCGCGGGUGUGGGCGGCGCGCCAUGGCGGCUGUCGUCCGCGGCGUGCGGCAUCACCGCCCUGGAGGUCGGACGUGGCGCCUCGCUGCGUCUGGAGGUGACUCGGGACCUGGACGUGCCCUCGCUGCUGCUGCAAGUGGCGCUGCACUACACAGACCUGGAGGCGCAGCAGCGGGUGGUGCGCGUGGUCACACGCAAGAUACAGGUGGUGGAGAGCCGCAGCGAGUUUCUGCGCACCGUCAACCCGACCGCGGCGGCGGCGCUGCUAGGCAAGCGGGCGGUGCUGGACGCCAAGAAGGCGGGAGCAUUCAGGGACUCCCGCAAGGCGGAGGAGGCGCGGCUGGCGGUGGGCGCGCAGCUGAGCCUGGUGGCGGCGCGCUGCGGGCGCGAGGUGAUGACCAGCCGCGGCCUACUGGGCUUUGGCGGCCGCAAGCUGUGGCAAUGGCCGCCCGAGCUCAUGCCGCUGGCCUACGCGCUCUACCACUUCACGCGCGGGCUCAUCCUGGGCGCGCCCGCGCCGCCGCCGCCGGGGACGCACCCCGCCUCCGCGCACGCGCACCUGCACGCGUUGUGGGAUUGCGACACGCGGCUGGUGGGCAUCAACACGCUGCUGUGGUCGGCCUGGGGCGAUGCCUACCGGGCCAUGGCGCCCAAGCUGUAUGCUGUGCUUCCGGCAGCGCCGCCGCCGCCGGCUACGCCGUUCCCGGACGCUGCGGCGGCUCCGCUGCCUUUGCCGCCACCGCAGCUGGCGGCGCUGCCGUGCGUGAGCCUGGCUGCGGUGAUGGCGCGCACGGUGCCGCUGGUGUUGGACGCAGGCACGGCGGUGCUGGUGAGCCCUACGGAGGAGCCGGCGCCGGGCGGCAGCACGGCGCCGGGCGCGGCCACCGGCGCCGCCGCUGGCCUCACGCCGGAGCUGAUCGAGGCCGCGCUGCAGGCGGCCGGCGCCGCCACUGAGGGCGGCGCCGCCAGCAGCAGCGGCCUCAGCCCCAGCCCUGGUCGCUUCCCAAUGCCGUCGGUGGUUCUGACGCCGGGCGCGCAGGCUGGCGGCGGCCAGCUGGCGGCGCGGCUGAUCCCGGUGCACCGCGACCCGUACGACGAGCAGGCGCUGCAGCAGCCACAGCUGCAGCAGCUGGGGCAGGCGGUGGCGGCGCAGCUCAGCAAGCAACUGCUGGAGAGCAGCAAGCAGGCAACGGUUGCGGCCGUGGCGGCGCUGGCGGCGGCUGGCCUGCCGCCGGUGCAGGCGAAGCAGGCGGCGGCGGCAGCAGCCAGCUUUGCGGAGUGGUGCCGGGGCGUUAAUGUGCAGCCAUUCCCGGUGCAGUAGAGCCUUGAGUCGGGUGACGCUGAGCGCUCAUGCAAUUGCAAACACGGCGGUCCAGUGCUGAACAUCACCAACACGAUUGCAUACGGAGCGCCGCAGUACUGCUUGUGUGCAGGGGUGCUUUGUGUGGCCGGUUGGCACAAUGGAGUGCUGUAGUGCUGUCAUGGUCGUCGGGGCUUGGAUCAACGCGUUAAGUGCCUGUUAGACGCGAGGUCCACACGUGGUUUGCAAUGCGUAGGGCUGCUGGGGCUGCACAUCCUGCUGUCAUCAUGAGAUGCCCACGUUGCAGGAGGAGGAUGGAAGAGUUGAUUUCGUGUGACUCGCUUACAAGGGGGAAGCCCUAGAGGGAUUUCUGGAGUGCGGAGGAACGCAGGGACGCGCAGACGUGCCCUUAAUUCACCUCGCACGCAAAGCUUGUACAGACAAUCCGCACGUCCCUACCGCCUGGUGCAAUCGGAUAACAAUGCUGUGUGGUGGGGUACCCUUUGUCCUUGGCGGCCUUGCCAACCCCUGGCGUGACCUUACUUUGGCCCCUGGGGACUACCACUUGCGUACGUCGAGCCCACAUGGCUGCGACCACGAACGCCCCCUGGACCUUGGCUGGACAGCGCGAAACUGCUCAACGGUCCGUAAACUUACACACUCUGGCUACGUAUUCCCUCAUGUCGCGCCGCAACCCAGGAUGGCUGGCAAGGUGGGUGUCGCGUGGGGCUAGGUCUGGUGGAGACCAAGUACGCGAGAUGGACGGUCUGGGGCACUGAUGUGUGCACACUUCCAUC